AUGAAGAUAUCGCUCUUGGUGUUAAGCAUUUUGGUGAGCUUUAUUUGUGCGGCGCCGGCAUCGUUCACGGAAAUUUUCGACUCAUCAAAUUGGGAUAUCAACGCUGGCCUCAAAAAGCUUAAUUCAUGGCUUUCUGCUGAUGAGCCAACUGCAAUCGUACAACAGCCCCAGAACCUUGAGCAGACUUGUUUCAGCAAGAUUAAAGCCUCUUUAAAGACGGAUCCCGGCUUUGAUCAAGCACUCACUAAAAAGGUGAAAGAGGGAAAAAUGGAAGACGCUGUAGAAGAAACAUUGGCACAAGCAGGCAAGGUUUGCGAUCACGAUCAACAGAAGCGAAUGAUCGGUUUUUUUCAAAAAUAUGGGCGAACAAUAAUGAAUGCGAAGGCGAUUCUCGGUGAAGUCGGUCAACAGGAACGAGUGCGGAUAAAGGAAUGGGUUGUGGAAAGCAAUACGAAGGCUCUUCAACAAUAUGUUACUGAGAAAGGAGUGGCUUUUCUUCUCAAUCCCAGUUUGAGCUCAAAACUCCUUGAUGUGGCUGUAAGCAUACCAACGAUUCAAAUGGAACUUCAAAAUAAUCCUAUU